AUGAAGCACAAGUGUUUCCUCUCAGAGACACGCGACUAUGUGUGUGAGGUUUGCAAUAAGGCGUUCACAGGGAAGUACGCGUUGGCCGUACAUGUCAAGAUUCACGGCGAAAGGAAGGAGUUGAGCUGUGAUUAUUGUCCGAAAACUUGUUUCAACAUCACAAAGUUGAAGGAACAUCUGAAGAGGAUGCACCCUGGGAAGCCGGCGCCUGAUGGCACCAUACCGAAAACCAGGAUGCCGGCUGAGAGGAAGUUCAAAUGCGAGUAUUGUGACGAGAAAGCCUACACUAGUAAAGCGGCGCUGGAGUACCAUAUGAACGGCGUGCAUCCCGAUAAAUUCGACACGACAACUCAGCAUUAUUUCAAGUGUGAGUCGUGCGGCAAAACGCUGACCGGACGGCAGUCGUACGACCGUCACUUGAAGACGCACAACGCGGAACGCACGCUGCAGUGUCGUCUGUGCGACAAAAAGUUCGCGACAAGGAACUGUCGUGCAAUUCACGAGAAAUUGCACGACAAGGUCGGAAGGUUUGAGUGCGAGGUGUGUGGUAAAAAGUUUCCGAUCAAGGCGUACCUGAGGAGGCAUGAGAAGACGCAUGCCAGUGAGGACCAGGACCAGUUUCAGUGUGCCACUUGUGGACAGCUGUUUGUGACGCAUUCCCGGCUGCAGAUACACUUGGAGACGCACGCCUCGACGCGCAUGUACGAGUGUGAGAUGUGCGAGAGUGCCUUCUCAGAGGUGGCCAGGUUGAGGAGGCAUAUGCGCAAUAAGCAUGGCAUUCGGCGGAGAGGCAUGCUGCAAGAAGGCACAUGUAAGUGA